GUACCUCGUUCAAUCAGUUCUCCUCACGAGCAAGUGGUCAAGUCCAUCUUUGCGGAAAUGGAGUCCAGCGCUGUCGCCGAGUGUUUGAGAGAUAAGUGCAUCCUCAUCACCGGCUCAACAGGGUACCUCGGGAAAUUGCUCCUGGAGAAGAUACUGCGGGUCCAGCCGGCUGUGAAGAAGCUGUACCUGCUGGUCCGCGCCCCCGACGCUAUGUCUGCCGAGCAGCGUGUCUUAUCCGAGGUGAUUGGAAAGGAUCCCUUCAAUCUUCUGCGAGAAAAAUACGGGAUUACUGGCUUCCAAAACUUCAUCAAAGAAAAGGUAGUACCUCUCGCGGGAGACAUCAUGGCUAGCCACUUAGGGCUGGACAACGCAAGAGUGGAUGCCCUGUCGGAGGAGAUUGAUGUUAUUCUCAAUGUCGCUGCAACCACUAGCUUUUAUGAAAGGUUAAUUCCCUGACUUCUUGCCCAUGCGUUGUGUUAGCAUACAAAUCAGGUAACAACGUACUACGGAGUAUGUCGUGAAAAGAUAACAACAGAAAGCGCAAAGUUAUCUUUUUUAUUUUGUUAUGAGAACAAUAUUAUUGGAUUUGUUGGGUUCUUUAUCUAUACAAUUAAAAUAAACUUCUUUUUUCUCAAAACUUUUUACAAUAAAUUUUUCAAAAGUGGUUAUUGAGCGUCUGUGUAGGUACACCCGCUCACUUUGAGCAUGUUUAGUUCAACUAAUUAUUGCUAGAAAAUGAAAAGUAUAGUACAACAAUAACAAUCUCACCAUAUAGGCAUAUAAUCAGGAGGAAAAAAAGAUAGAUGACCUCAUACAAAAAGAGCAAGCCAUGCAAAUAUAUAGGAAUUUAAUAAAAUUUUCAGAGUUUUCCUUUUUUGUUUGUAUCAAAUGACCAUAUAU